AAGGAGAAGGAGAAAAGGGGGGAUUAGACUUGGAGACAGGGAUCACAGUUGGAUCUGGCAACCCAGGCCGGCUGCUCUGAGUCUCAGUGCGGAUCUCAGUCCACCUGGAUGCGGUCACUUCUCUGAUCUCUUCCUUAACUUUCUUUCUUAGCUCGUUGGAAGCCGCAGAAAUGGCCGGAGCGAUCAUCGAGAACAUGAGCACCAAAAAGUUGGUGAUCGUGGGAGUUGUUCUGCUGCUCUUCCAGGCUUUUUCCUUCAUGGUCGGAGGGCUGAUCGCUCCCAGUCCCACCACUGCCGUCCACUACCUGGCUACCAAAUGUGUGGACAACCAGAAGGGACACCAUCAGGGCCGCAAGUGGUUCAUGCCUUGGGGUCCGAACGAGUGCGACAAGAUUCGAGACUUGAGCGAGGCCAUGGCCAAGAGGAUUGAAGCCAACAACAUCGUGUUCUCUGUUCAUAUCCCCCUGCCCAAUAAGGAGAUGAGUCCCUGGUUCCAGUUCAUGCUCGUCAUUCUGCAGUUCGACAUUGCCUUCAAAAUGCACAACCAGAUCGAGGAUGGAGCCUUGGUCACCAUAGACGUCAGCCUGGCCUACAGAGACGACACAGUGAGUGAGUGGACGGAGAUGGCGCACUCUGUGGAGCAACGCAAACUCAGCUGUAACUUCACUACAGCCAAAAUUAUAGAGAACGAGGGUCGGCACUACGAAUGUGACCUGUUGCCCUUCAUGGAGGUCGGGACCGUGUCGCACAAAUACUACCUGGUUAACAUCAGGCUGCCGGUGUACGAGCGCAAGAAGGUGAACGUGGGAAUUGGUGAAAUCAAAGACAUCCGUCUGGUGGGAAUCCAUCAGAACGGUGGCUUCACCAAGGUCUGGUUUGCCAUGAAGACCUUCCUCACUCCCAGCAUCCUCAUCAUCAUGAUCUGGUACUGGAGAAGGAUUACCUUGAUGACGAGACCGCCUGUGCUCCUGGAGAAGGUGAUUUUUGCCCUCGGCAUCUCCAUGACCUUCAUCAACAUUCCAGUGGAGUGGUUCUCGCUCGGGUUCGACUGGACCUGGAUGCUGCUGUUCGGAGACGUCCGUCAGGGAAUCUUCUAUGCCAUGCUGCUCUCCUUCUGGAUCAUCUUCUGUGGAGAACAUCUUAUGGACCAGACGGAGAGGAACCGCAUCUCCAUAUACUGGAAGCAGGUGGGGCCCAUCGCCUUCGGCUCCUUCUGCCUCUUCAUCUUCGACAUGUGUGAGAGAGGAGUGCAGCUGACCAACCCCUUCUACAGCAUCUGGGCUUCGGAUGUUGGCACCGAACUGGCCAUGGCGUUCAUCAUCGUGGCUGGAAUAUGCGCCUGCCUCUACUUCCUGUUCCUGUGUUUCAUGGUGUUCCAGGUGUUCAGAAACAUCAGCGGGAAAAGAACGUCCCUGCCUGCCAUGACCAAAGCUCGGCGUCUGCAUUACGAGGGUCUCAUCUUCCGCUUCAAGUUCCUGAUGCUGGUGACGCUGGCGUGUGCGGCCAUGACGGUCAUCUUCUUCAUCAUCAGUCAGGUGAAUGAGGGACACUGGCACUGGGGAGAUUACACAGUUCAGAUAAACAGUGCCUUCUUCACCGGAAUAUACGGCAUGUGGAACCUGUAUGUGUUCGCCCUGAUGUUCCUGUACGCACCGUCACACAAACGCUACGGAGACGAGCAGUCCAGCGGAGAUCAUGGUGGGAACAGUGGAGAGGACAUCCAGCUCACCACCACCAUCACACACGCUGACGGACCCACUGAAGUGUACAGAAUGAUGGGAAAGGAGUCGCAGGAGUAGUCGCUCAUCUUUCCAUCCUUCCUUCCUUGCUCAUCUUAGCACACCUCCAUUACCACACCUCUUUUAUCUCCUCUCCCAGAUGUGCGAUCCAAACAUCUCGUCCUUAUCCAAGCGCUCCUGAUCUAAUGCUGAGGCUUAUUCUUGUUCUUGUCCUCUUUAUACCUCACCCUUACAGUUCUCCUCAUGCAACCCAUCAUAAGUAGUCUUAUCAGUCUCAUCUAGUUUCACUUUUAAGAGCAAAAUGCUGAUUGGAGUGCUGCUGAUGUCUUCCGUAUUAGAUACAGGAAUUUAUAUUUCCCCUGCUAAAAUCCUUAAUGGUAUAACGUGUUCCUGUACAUCAUUAAAUUAUACUUAAUGGAAACCAUUAUGAACUUUGUAACAUCAAUAGAGUUUGUCCAAAAUAUCACAGUGUAUUACUGUAUAUACCUGAUUGUUGCACAUGUCGUGUUUUUUUUGUUUGUUUUUUGGACAGUCAAAUUCAUUCCUAACAAGCCAGCUAACUGGAUAUCAUACUUGUUAAAUACUGAGCUAAAAUAACAGCAGAAGUGUGACGAGAGAGUACUUAAAAAAAACGACAAAAAAAAAAAACAAUAGGUACAUUUUAUUGCGUUUCCUUUCAUUUCUUAACAACUUUAAGGUUGUAUAUCGCCCCCUUGUGGAAUUUCUUUAUCCUUUCAUCUUUCUAAAGGUCGUAGAACAAUCUUCAUAUAAUGAAAUUAAAUGUGCCUUUUUUUUUAAACAAUCCUGAAAAGGGGGGAAAAAAUGCUAAGAGGAAGUUGAGCUGCUUUAGCAGAGGAGGGAUGUGUGAGAUGGGAUUUGGCGCCCUCUUGUGAAUGGAAGUGGAAGUUACCAAGUUACACUCGAUAGCGAUCACUCCAAUGUGACCAUAUAAAUCAACAAAUCCUGCAAAAUUUGUAGCCACGUGCAAAUUUCUGCGAAAAAGGACAUAAUCCCACCUAAUUGGUGUAUAAUAUUUUGAUGUUUGACCUUGAAUUUGUCACAUUUCAUCACGCGGCCUAGUGUGCGCCCGGCGUCUCUUCUCCUCUCCUCCAUUCGCCGUGUUCAUGACAUUACAGUGUUACGUCUCUUCACUCCAUCAUCUUUUCCCAAAUGCUAAGUUCAUACCUAGUAUGUUAUGUUGUAGAUAUAUUUUUUAUAAAAUGCUUAUUUUCAACCGUGUUAGCUGCAUCACUGUAUAAUAAAAAUGACUUUUUCAGAAA